AUGCGUAUACGAUGUCAGCUGAUUUCUCAAUCCCGCGCAAUUAUUCUUUUGAUUCUUUAUUCUCUGGCUGACUGUGGUUGCAACAUAUUCGUUCAGACCAUAAAGAAAACAUCAGUUUGGAUAACAUCAUCAGAAUGGAAGUCAUUAUUGAUUACUGGAAAAAAAAUCAGCGCAACGGGUGCGUGCUCUUCUCUUUGCGACUGCAUUUCGCUUCUUUUUGCUUUUGCAGACCGCCUGCACUCACACACACACAUUCAUGCGCAUGAAAGCAAAGAACAAGGGCCAGUAUUUUUUUAUACUAUCUAUCUAUCUUUCUAUCUAUCUAUCUUUCUAUCUAUCUAUCUAAUUAUCUAUCUCAUUGGUAAUUGUCUGUCUAUCUAUCUAUUGAUUAUUAUAAUCUAUCUAUCUAUCUAUCUAUCUAUCUAUCUAUCUAUCUAUCUAUCUAUCUAUCAACGUUGCACUGGCAUGCGCACAUAUGUAUUACGUCUACUUUCAUACACACAGGUGAUUUUGUGUUUUCUAUAUAUCGGGCCUAUCUAUCUAUCUAUCUAUCUAUCUAUCUAUCUAUCUAUCUAUCUAUCUAUCUAUCAAAACACACACACACACACAUAUAUAUAUAUAUAUUUAUUUAUUGUACAAACCGCCACAAGAAACCAUACACAGUCACAACAAGGGAAGCAUUCUUUCUUCAGAAUUACAUAUUUUCGUGCCGUCAUUCAUAAGAUAUACAGCAGUUAUUCCUCCGUUCUCUCACUUCAGUUCGUCUGUCCUUCGCAGAAGCAGAGAUGCAUCUUUCUCGGCAGUUUGACUACUGCUUCUAACCCAUCUUUACCGUUUUCCAUGAAUACAACAACAUCAACCGCACCAGCUCUAGCCCCCGACCUCAAAGGCUGUAUUUCUGCAACACCUCUCCUUCCCUUAGCUCUUGUUGAAUUUUUUUGCCACAUUUCUCUCUCUUUUUCUCCCACUCUCUAUUAA